UUCAAAACUACGGGUACAUAUAGCACUAUCUUGCUAGAAAUUUCUCAGUUUUUAAGAAUCAACUGGUUAAUUAGAAAACGAACGUGAAAUUAAAUUUCAAGAUGACCGGUGCGCUUUUUCAUAAAUACAUUGUGCGUCAGAGGGAUACGCGGAUUUACAAGGCUGGUUGAACAGAUCCAACGGCUGGGGAAGAGUGCGGAUCCUUUGCUACAUUUUCGGCAUCCAAACGUAGUGCGAUAUUUUCAUCCUCAGCCAGUUUUCCCUGCAGGGAGGAAUGAAAUAUCGGAUCCUUAUGGGAUUCUGCUCAGGUGGAACGCUACAUGAUUACACGGCGAAAGCUCCCGUAACGCGACCACUGUUGGUAAACUGGACGCGCCAGCUGCUCGACGGCCUGGCUUAUCUGCAUGAACAUCGUUACAUCCACCAUCAAAUCAACAGCACGCAUGUACUACUGUCCUCAGCGGAUAUCACAAGCUGUUAUUUGAAAAUUGGCGGCUUGAUUCAUGCGAAUAGGGCCCUUUCUUACGACGGUCUUUCGAUGGAUCCAGACUUUGGAAUAACCACACGCUUCAAGGCUCCGGAGGAGAUCAUGGGGAGAGGUGACGAAGUGGAAGAAAGUGUGGCACAAAAGACGGACAUUUGGAGUCUAGGAUGCGUGAUCAUUGAAAUGGUUACCGGGAGUAUGCCAAAAUUUUACAAAUCCACUGACGCCGGUGCAUUAACUGAAAUCACUGAAGAUCUGGCAGUGAUGUAUUUUAUCGGAAGUAACGGCUGCCCCACGGUCCCGAGUGAACUAUCCGCAGAAUGUAAACAUUUCAUAAAUCAGUGCCUAAAGAAAAAGGCUGCACAUAGGCCAAGCGCAGAAGAACUAAAAGAUCACCCCUUUUUGUUACCUAGUAAAAUAAAAAAAGGGAAAUUUCGUUCGACGGCAGGCACUUUUUUGGCGUGCUUUAGACAUCGUCGAUAAAAGCUUUCAUGAAUGCUUUAUGGCCAUCGUACCUCAAAUAUGUGGGUAAAUUUCUGCCUUUGCGCAGGCCACUGUGAUAUCUCCUAAAUAACUUGUUAUGAUUCAAACUGUUUGAAAAUUACAAAAAUUAUUCAACCUUUUUAUUGUUAAAUUAGAAAAUUUCACGAAUUCUUGUCCACAGCUAGCCAAUGCAUGCGAUACGAACGUUGCCAAAAAU